AUGGAAACAUCAAACCUGAGAAACAAACUACGCAAGAGACUACCUGCUAUAAGUGAGAACCUGGAAUCGAAGAGGAGUGAGGUGAGAUGGUCCCAAAUGAUGGCUGAUACCUUAAGAUCAGUUGCUGAAAUGUUACAGUUAGAUACAACAGGAAGCAAAACGGACCUUAUCGAAAGGAAAUCCACUCACUGCCCAAAUAGAAGAAGUCAGCAAGAGGAAAGAUCAACCACACAAACCCAGACACAAAUAGAUGAGAUGAGACUUGAUAACUCACUCACAAACAUGUUUCAGGAUGAUAAUCAAGAUUUUAGUGAUGCGAUGGAAGAAGAAAUCGGAUCACAAUCUAAAGGGAAAAAGAGAAAGGUAAAUCAUAAGGAUCCAGACUCAGAAAAGACUUCUCUUUCCUCAAGUGAUAUGGAAAUUGUAAGACAUAAGAAGGCUCUCAAGAUUGAAGAUGAAUGGUCAGAAGAACGUUUCAGAAGAUCAAGAGACCAACAUGAAUAUAACCUGCUUCGAUCUAUAGAAAGAGACCUUGAUCUAGAUAUAAAUUUCACUUCAACAGAUGAGGCAACAACUAUGAACCAACAAAAGAAUUUAAUUCAAACAGACACUAUGAUUCAAGGAACCAUUACUACUCAAAAGGAUACACACAAGGAAAAGAAGGAAAGACAAGAAACUACAGACCCAGCACUAGCUCAUAGUAACAGGAAGGUUAAACCUCAUAUCAUAAGUUACCUACUAGAAGACAAAGAUAAAGGCUUCACCUCUAAUAAUAGAUUGGCUAAGAAAUGGUAUCCUCUUAUUUCUCUGAGGAUUACUCCCUCUAGUAGCACAACCAACACCAAAACAAUACAAAAUGAACAUAGAGCAAACCAAUUGGAUAAAGAAGGGACUAGAAGUGAUGCUAGAAAAUGGUGCAAUAAAAUGAUUAGGAGUAGAGCCAGUAAAACUAUUAAUGUUUAUAGAAGUAAGUUCAAUUUUUCUAAGACCGAAGGCUGGACCAAAGAAGUGGGGAAUGAUUAUUGA